UAUUGAAAAACCGUCGGGUGCUCCUCUGAUCUCCACUCGCUCCUUCUUUAAGUCUUCUCGUUCGACGGCACCUCCUACUCCUCCUCCACUGCCUGCUUCCGCCGCGUGCAUCCACCCCAGCAUCGCAUACGGACGCCGGAAGCCUCCGCUAGCCAUAUCCCGUGGAUCCCUUGCAGAACCGAAUUGGUGUUGCCUGAUCCGUUCCUCCUCUUUGCGUUACUAGUUUCGGGAUCGUGGCGGGUCGGAAAAGUGGGUGCGGGAGUUCGCGGAGGAGCUUAGGUGAUAGAUUCGACUGGUCGAACUUUCGAAGGAAACUUUUCAUUCAUAUAAUCCAACAUUCAACAGACACAGGAAGAUCUAGUAGUUGGUUUUUCCAGGAUGACUUGUUUCUCUUGCAUGUUCAGAAGGAAAAGAACUUCAUGUCAGCAUCAUGAUCAACUCAAUGAAGAUAUUCCAGGAAUUGAAGGUGUAAAUAUCUACACUUACAAGGAAUUGAAAAUUGCCACUGAUGAUUUUAGCGCUGCUAAUAAAGUUGGAGAGGGAGGUUUUGGUUCUGUAUACAGGGGAAUGCUUAAAGAUGGAACAGUUGUUGCUAUAAAGGUGCUAUCCUCUGAGUCGAAACAAGGAGUGGGGGAAUUUCUGACUGAAAUUAAAGUGAUCUCUGGUAUCAUCCAUGAAAAUCUUGUCAAGCUGUAUGGUUGCUGUGCUGAAGAACCUCACAGAAUACUUGUUUACAACUAUCUUGAGAAUAACAGCAUUUCACAGACCCUUCUUGGUUCCAACCGUGGUAACAUUCAGUUCAACUGGAGGGCACGAGUCAAAAUUUGUAUUGGUGUUGCUCGUGGACUUGCAUUUCUCCACGAAGAGGUCCAUCCACAUGUGCUUCAUAGGGAUAUUAAAGCAAGCAAUAUUCUUCUUGACAAGGACCUCACACCCAAAAUUUCUGAUUUUGGUUUAGCUAAACUUCUGCCAUCAAAUGUGACUCAUGUCUCCACCCGUGUUGCUGGGACAUUAGGUUAUUUGGCACCUGAGUAUGCAACUCGUGGACAAGUGACCAAGAAGUCUGAUGUUUACAGUUAUGGUGUUCUUCUGCUAGAAAUAGUUACUGGCAGAUGUAACACCAACACAAGGUUACCUUUUGAAGAUCGAUUUCUUCUCGAACGGACAUGGGCAAUAUAUGAACAUGGUGAUCUGAAACAUAUCAUAGACAGCUCUUUGACAGAUGACUUGGAUGCUGAAGAGGCAUGUAGGUUCUUGAAGGUUGGACUUCUAUGCACACAAGAUGCUAUGAAGCUUCGGCCCUCAAUGUCCACUGUCAUCAUGAUGCUGACUGGCGAAAAGGAUGUGGACUUGGAAAAGAUUACGAAGCCUGGUAUCAUUAGUAAUUUUAUGGAUCUUAAAGUUGGUAGCAAGAAAAAGGCCGAUCAAACAAAUAGAUCUUUAAUCAUUUCAUCCAUUCUGGAAAAUUCACCCUUGUCAUCAGAGAACACUACAUCUGCAUCUAUGACCUUCACAGCAAUAUCUGAGUGAGACUGAAAAAUCAGUGGAUAUAUAAGUUAACGGAGUUUUGAGGUACAUAAUCAUGUAGAAUAUUGUAAUUCCUUUUCUCGAAAGAAAAUAUGCGUGUUUUUCUAUUUGCAUCUUAUAGAUUCUAGUUUAUUGUAUAUAUCCGUAUCAAUUUUGGUCAAAAGAGAACUUUGUUUAUGCA